AUGUCAUCAUCCCUUGCAUUCGCCGCCUCAUUAGUUGAAACAGCCGCGCUCGACAUCUCUCCAUCAACGACACCAUAUCCUCCUUGUGAUAGCUGGUACGUAGACACUAUGUCAUCGAUCGAAACGUUGCGGGUGUGA